UCUGCUUGGGUGGGUAGAAUCUUCCGACCGUCGGCGUUGGCCAAAUGGUCAUAAGAACCAGAAAAAAUCAACCGUUUAAUUAACCUCUCUAAUCCGAUGCAUCCUUUUCCUCUCCUUAAUUUCCCCCGGUAAAGUAAGAGAAUUACCCGCCAGGCAUAAUCAUCUCAGGACAACUCAAAAUGACUUCUGAUUAUGCAAAUGUAGCAGCAGAGCUUGAAGCAGCUUCAAGAAUGAGGGCUGCUCAAUUUUUUGUGACACAAAGGCCGUGGCUUGAUCUUUAUGGGGUUAACAUUCGGCCGGUGGCUCCUUUUGGUAGCGCAAGCAGUAAACCAGUAGUUGAUCCAGCACUGAUUCACCGUGCCUUGCCUGAUGAGCUUAUUUUUGAGAUUUUUUCAAAAAUGGCUCCAUACACCCUAGGAAGGGCAGCUUGUGUUUGUCGAAAGUGGAGAUACACCAUUCGUAACCCAGUUUUUUGGCGCAAUGCGUGCCUUAGGGCUUGGCAGGUUACUGGAGUAGCUGAAAAUUAUAAGAUUCUUCAGUCAAAAUAUGAUGGCUCGUGGAGAAGAAUGUGGCUAUCAAGACCCAGGGUCAGAACAGAUGGUCUGUAUGUCAGUAGAAAUACCUAUAUUCGUGCUGGGGCUGCUGAAUGGAAGAUUACCAAGCCAGUUCACAUUGUGUGCUAUUACCGUUACUUGAGAUUUUAUCCUUCAGGCAGAUUUCUGUACAAGAAUUCAUCACAGAAAGUGAAGGAAGUGGCAAAAUACAUGAACUUCCGUGCUACAAAAGGCGAUUGUGUAUUUGGUGGUCAUUAUACAUUGUCGGAGGACAAGGUUGAAGCUGCUUUUCUGUAUCCUGGUUUGCGCCCUACUGUGUGGAGAAUUCGGUUGAGGUUAAGGGGAACGAUAGCAGGUGCUAAUAAUCAGAUGGAUUUACUUGCACUUGUUACCAGUGGCGUAAGUGAUACUGAGGUUACUGGCCCUGAUGAAGACAUUCUUGGCGUUGUUGAAAGGUGGGAGGAAGAUGAGACACAUAACCCAGACGUUCCAGCAAUUACACACAAGAGAGGUCUGACACCUUUCGUCUUCAUUCCAUUUGAGGAGGUGGAAACAUCAGUUCUUAACCUGCCGGUGGAAAGGAUGGACUAUUAUGUACCGGGCUGAUCAUCAGAAGAAUGCCGGUGAACAGACCAUGUAAAUAUGUUAGUGUUAUUAUUUCUUUUCCAACCGUAAUGAUAAGCUGCAGUGAAGAGGAGUGUGGUGUGAAUCUCUCUUUAUAUUUAUUAAACAAGCCACUAUAAUCUUGUGACACAGUCCAAGAUCUUCAAGGCUCUGUCUUCUUUUACAUUUUUUUCAGAACUGUAUUGUAGUUACAAACUGAAUAACAAUACUGGUUGUGAAUGAAGAAGUAAUAGUUGUCAAAGUAUGCCCUACUAUAUUGUUAUCGUC